CUGCAGCGAGGGAGGACUGCAUCGCGAAAAAAAAAACCCACUGUCGUUCGCUUGCAAUUGCCUCUCAUUCUAUUUUACAGUAACAAAAAAAAAAAAAAAGCUUUUUCUUUCCUAUAAAACGAAAGCGGAGUCUGAUGCAAUGGGUAACUACCAGCCCAAUUCUAUCUUCUCGCCAUAAAUUACGCCUGGCCCAUGACCACCACAGCCAUUGUGGGCUAUCUCCUGUGGUGACUGCGGACUCAAGAGUUUUCUUCCCAGCUGCAUCUCAAUACCCACUGAUCUCAUCAUUCCUGCAAAUCCCCCCGCCAGCGUAAACUCGCCCUUCUUGCCCCUCUUCCCUCUUUCUUCUUCUUCAAAGUAUCCCCUGAACCCCGUGCAGACCUGCUGGUGGAGCAACAAUGGAGGACACUUACAAUAACAGGACUUCCCUGUCUAAGGGGGCCAAGGACAUUGUCAAGGAGGCCAAGCGGCAUGCAAAAAAGAAAGUCAACAAGGUGGUGGACCGCGCCACAGACGAGUACUCAUCCCACCACAACUACAGCCGAUUUCAGGAUGAGGAGGAUGAAGAUGAGGAUUUCUACCGGAACCCACCGAGGCAAGGCGGAGAGGGCAACAAUGACAACGAGGAGGGCUCCAGCGAUGCAACAGAGGGCCACGAUGAUGAGGAUGAGAUCUACGAGGGCGAGUACCAAGGCAUCCCGUCUGAUAGGAAGCAGAAGGAAGGCCAGGUGGCACUGGGACAAUCGAUGUCUGACGCCACAAGGGACCGCAAGGGGCUGGAGCAGGAGAGACAGGCGGAUGAGGAGGAGCUGGCCCAACAAUACGAGCUGAUCAUCCAGGAGUGUGGCCAUGGGAGGUUCCAGUGGCAGCUGUUCCUCGUGCUCGGGCUGGCUCUCAUGUCAGACGGGGUGGAGGUGUUCGUGGUGGGCUUUGUGCUGCCCAGCGCAGAGACAGACAUGUGUGUGCCCAACUCCAGCUCGGGAUGGCUAGGCAGUGUUGUUUACCUGGGGAUGAUGGUCGGGGCGUUAUUCUGGGGAGGGAUGUCUGACAAAGUGGGCCGCAGACAGUGCCUCCUCAUUUGCAUGUCCACGAACGGCUUCUUCGCCUUCCUGUCGUCCUUUGUCCAGGGAUACGGCUUAUUCCUUCUUUGCCGGAUCUUUGCAGGCUUUGGGAUAGGAGGUGCUGUGCCCAUCGUUUUCUCCUUCUUUUCAGAGGUGUUGUCCAGGGAGAAAAGAGGAGAGCACCUCAGCUGGUUGUGUAUGUUCUGGAUGAUCGGAGAGAUCUAUGCUUCUGCUAUGGCCUGGGCCAUCAUACCACACUAUGGUUGGAGUUUCAGUAUGGGUUCGGCGUACCAGUUUCACAGCUGGCGGGUGUUUGUGGUUGUCUGUGCCCUGCCCUGUGUGUGUGCGGUGGUGGCUCUUACCUUCAUGCCAGAAAGUCCCAGGUUCUACCUUGAGGUGGGGAAGCAUGAUGAAGCCUGGAUGAUCCUCAAACAGAUCCACGACACCAACAUGAGAGCGCGUGGGCAACCAGAGAAAGUCUUCACCGUAAACAGGAUCAAGAUCCCCAAACAGCUGGAUGAAUUGGUGGAAAUGGAGUCUGAGUCUGGCAACCCAGUUUCCAAGUUUUUCUUUAGGAUAAAGGCAGAAAUACACGGGAUCUACCUGAAUCUCAUGAAGUGCUUCAACUACCCUAUGAGAGAAAACAUGAUGCGACUGGCCAUAGUGUGGUUCACGCUGUCAUUCGGGUAUUAUGGUCUGUCAGUCUGGUUCCCCGAUGUCAUCAAACACCUUCAAGCAGAUGAUUAUGCCUCCAAAGUGAAGAUACACAGUAAUGAACGUAUCGAAGACUUCACCUUCAACUUCACUCUGGAGAACCAGAUACACAAAAACGGACUCUUCAUCAACGACCGGUUCAUCGGUAUGAAGCUGAAGUCCGUCAAAUUCAUCGACUCUACCUUUCGUAACUGCUACUUUGAUGAUGUGAAAUCUGUGGGCUCCUUCUUCAGUAACUGCACUUUCAUCGAUGCUUACUUCUACAACACUGACAUUGAUGAAACUAAGUUGAUAGAUGGCACGGAGGUAGUCAACAGCACGUUCACUCACAACAAGAAAGGAUGCCAGAUGACGUUCGAUGAUGACUACAGUGCCUACUGGGUUUACUUCAUCAACUUCCUGGGGACGCUGGCUGUUCUGCCCGGCAACAUUGUGUCCGCGCUUCUGAUGGACAAAAUUGGGCGUCUGUCCAUGUUAGGUGGCUCCAUGGUGCUCUCGGGUAUCAGCUGUUUCUUCUUGUGGUUCGGCACCAGUGAGUCCAUGAUGAUUUUUAUGUUGUGCCUUUACAACGGCCUGAGCAUCUCUGCCUGGAACUCCCUCGAUGUGGUCACCACUGAGUCAUUCCCUACUGUCAGGAGAGGAACAGGGUUUGGGUUCUGCAACGCUCUCUGCAAGCUGGCUGCAGUCUUGGGAAAUCUGAUUUUCGGUUCUCUUGUUGGCAUCACAAAGGCCAUCCCCAUCCUCAUGGCCUCGUCUGUGCUCGUCGGGGGAGGCUUGGUUGCACUCCGGCUGCCUGACACCAAGUCGAAUGUCCUCAUGUAACACCAGCUUGGCGUUCAUCAGCUGGGAGAAAACCUAAAUAAAACUUGGGUGAUUCCGAGAGGAAGCCCAGGGAGCGUUGAGCAACGAAUGCAAAUGGCUUGGUAGACACACAUCUUAACACGAUUAAUGACAUUUUGCUGAACCCACCAUUCUCACAGUGUGUUCUACACUGAUCAUUUACAUCAAAAUCAAUUCCUAUUUAGUCAGUGCUAAGUUCAGCCUUUUUGUGAAUGUAUUUUUAGGAGAUUUCACAAGACAGAGCUGAAGAUUUGCUCGUGUUUUGGUAGAAAGUUGGUGGAGUUUUGUUGCCCUUUUCCAGCCUCAGCCAUAACCUUCACUGCAUAGUUAAGGCUCAAGGCUUUCAAUAUUGGUACGGUCUUAUUAAGACAAGCCAGAUGGGCAGAAAAGUGAAAAACAAGCUGUAAUGAGCACAGCCAACCUUCUGUGUGACAACGUGGGGAAUAGAUGAUCAGACAGAGCGGACACACGACACAGCUGUAUGACAGCUGGCCUGCACAUCCACAGGAAGUGUUGUAGACAGUGUGCAGAAAGUCAAUAUCAAAAAUCCAAUAAAUUAAAGUCACACAUAGUUCAAAAUAGUCUUAAAAUAGACUGAUACCCACAUGUACUGUACCUACAUCUUUCUCCUAUGCUUAUACAAGAAACAGUUUUGCUCGACAUGACAUUUACUCUGACAUCUGCAACCUUUUCAAAAUACAUAAUUCCCGUAUGAUGCCAAGCCCUUUGCAUUACCUACCCAACAAAGAAUCAAAAAGGCCAUAUUGAAAAACUUUAUUUUCUGGUACUAAUAAUUGUGUGGUAUGUUGAAUCUGAGGUUUCUAUUUUUACUUUCUGCUUAUGCUUUUUGUUAUUGUGGAAGUUGAAAUGGUGAAUAAUUAAUUUAAUCCAAAUGUUGUUACUCCCCAUCCAUGUGUUGUAUUGUUGUACGAAUGCUCUCUGAUGAGCGCUCCCUCUGAUUUCGCUUCGUGUUAUUGGAUCUUGCUUGUGGCAGUGACGUCGAUAAUGACAUGUCACGCUGCUUCCUUUUAAAAAUACUGAAUGGCCUUUUUUUAAAUGUGCCUCUCCUUAACUGCAGCAGUCUGCCCAUAGGCAUGUCGUGUCCAAAGGUUGUAAGGAUCAGACAGAAACUGAAUAGGAAGAAAGUACAUCAAAUAAUCAUGCCAAUUUCUGUGUGUAUAUAUGUGAAAUAUAAGGCCAAUGCAGUAUUUUAUUAGGGUGUGAAUCCAUGUGCGAGUGUCCUUUGUUAGACAUCCUCAUUUAAAAAAAUAAACCAAUUUUUAUUUAGGUAAGAUCUGAGUACUCUGCGUAGUAGUUACCGAGCAUGACUACACAUUAAUAAUGUAAAUAAGAACCACCUCUUGAGGAGGGCUAAUUUGUGUCAAAUAAAUAGGAAAUCAAUAAUCUGGGAGAAGUUCAACUCAAAUAAUGCUUACAUUUCAGGUUAAACAAACAAACCAGAUGACACAUUUUAUCUGUCUUACCAACAUUUUUGUCUAAAAUCUAUUUUUGACAUAAUCUUACGUUUGAAAACAUGACCUACCUUGUACAAAUUAUUAAGUACCUUAUCGUUCAACAUUGGAACCUCAAUGCAUACCGCAAAGAUAAUAAUAAUAAUAAUAAUAAGACACACUGCUACUUCGAAAAUGUCAAAAUACCUCUUAAAUUUUAAAUUGAUAUUGACAUUAUUGAGAUAUAUAUAACAUAACAAAUCAGCUGAUCUCAGUCUAGUUAUUUUUUGCCCAUUGAUUGUAUUUUCUGUGUUCCUGCUCUUCUCUAUUUUUGCGGUUUCUGUUAUUGCAGCGUAGAAGUAGUUCUGCUCUAACAAGGAUACUCACUAACAUAAAAAUAAAGGCUUCCAAAAAGUAUUUAAAAUGUGGAAAUACAAGAGCUAAUGAAAUGUUCUGCUAUUGUGCAACAUACAGUAUAUUUUUGACCAUAUUAUUUCUGUAUUUUUGGAACAAAGAUAUAACAAACAGAUCUAAAUAAAUGUGCUCAUAUAAAAAAUUAUGAAUUUUGCUGAGUGGCAAUCCAACGCUAGAUUAACAAGAGAAAGUAUUAACAAAAACAGAAGAAUUUAUCUGUAUUUUUCUGAAUGAGAUAUAGCCUUCACAGGUGACAGAUCGACCUGUUGUGUUACAUUGGGGAUAAAUGAUUUUACCUGGUAUGUUUCAGGUACUUGAGUUAUUGCUGUACUGUAUUUGUGUGUGUGUGUGUGUGUGUGUUCGUAUGAGUGUGUGAUUGUGUGUGUGUAUGAGAGAACGUAUUGUAUGUAUGUGUAGAGCACAUGAGUGUAAAUAAUGUACAUACUAUAUUAAAGCUGAUAUUGGUGGACUUUGGGGUGUAUUAGCUCCUUGAUCGAGUUAUGUGUCUCCUGCUUUGUCCAAGCCAUAAGUCCAUCUACUGUAUCUCUGUUGUACAUCUCUGUGUCCUUGGCUUUAAGCCUCUAUUCACCUGCUAUUCCGUGUGCGUGUGUGUGUGUGUGUGUGUGUGUGUGUGUGUGUGUGUGUGUGUGUGUGUGUGUGUGUGUGUGUGUG